UUUGCUGUUUAAUGGCAUUGUUGUGGUCCUCAGGCGUCAUCACGUCAUCGAAUGAGGGGCAGUUGCUGACGUCAUCAGUUUUUGCUUUUCUCAUGUGACCAAGGGCAUUACGGCGGUUGUCUUUGGCCAUGCAGCUAGAGGCGCAGCUGCGUCUCUGCCAGAGUUGCCUUGUGUGCUACAAGAGUGGACUGCGUCUGUUAUCCUGGAGUGCCGCACAAAGAACAGGUGCCAACUACUAUGACCUGCUGGGAGUCAAAUCUGAUGCAACCCUGGAGGAAAUUAAAAAUGCAUUUUUUGACAAAUCUAAAAAGCUGCACCCAGACAGUGACCCCUCCAACCCAGCACUGCACAGCCAGUUUGUGGAGCUGAACGAGGCCUACCGCGUGCUGAGCAAGGAGCUCAGCAGGCAGGAGUAUGAUGUCAAAAUCAGACGUUUCUAUAGCAGUGGAGGAAGAGGCCCUGCCUCCAGCUCAGCCUUUAGUCACACCAGCUAUGGGACCAGUGACACGACGGCGCAGGACAACGCACGUUACUGGGAGCAAAUGUAUCAGUCCCACACCCAGGAGAUGUCCGCAGAGGAAAGGGAGAGGAGGCGCAGGAGGAACUUCCACUUGGUUGGCUACUGCUUCCUCACCAUGGCUCUCGGUAUCGGAGCGCACUUUGUCUUCUUCAGGAAGCUGGAAGAGGUUCACAACAACUUCAUGGACGAAAAGGAUCGAGUCAUUACGGAAAUUUACAACGAAUCCAAAGAGAGGGCCAGGGUAAACGGUUUCAAGAAACAGACAGAAAUCUUGCGGCAGAAACAUGCAGAGUUUUUGGAGAAAUAUAAAACACGCAACGGUGGAGAGAAAUAGGAAACUUCACUCAGCUGGGAGUUUGGUUUUAGACUUUUAUUUAAAAUUUGGCCUCCACUUAAAAGUGUUUUUUUUUUCACCCAUAAAGAGGAGCCAGACUGGACAGACUUGAAUGGCCAUCAUCAACAUGGACGCUAACUGAUAUUCAUCAUUGAUGAUGUCACGAAAAAGGAUGCUGCUCGACAAAUACUCGGAGGAAAAAUGGAACAAAAAUCACGAAACUGAGUGGCGAAAUAGACCGACUAUUGUACUAAUGACAAAAGCGUAUCAUUAAAUUGGUUACGUCCGGUUCAACACA